CUCAUUCUAGCUUGCGAGAGGGGAAAUUGGCACAAUAGAGGGAUGAAAAUACAAUAAACAAAGCCCGCAGAGGGGGAGAGUUUCAUAGAGAGUUCUAGAGGGAGAGAGAAUGGUGCUAUGGGAGAUCACAUUGGCAACUGCGUACUUCUUGGGGAUUAAACGGACUUACAAACUCGCUUUGAAGAUCCAACGCCGCGUUAUCACCCCUAAACACCCCAAGAUCCGUCAGUUUGUUCAAAGACGCAUACGUGCGGUUUUUGAUGUAGCUGUCAGGGUUCACCAGAACAUACAACAGAGAGACAUAGAGGUUGGUCGGAAUCUUGGUAAUUGGAUUCUGCGAUGGCUUGACCGAAUGAAACCAUCUGCUCAGAUCCGUGGUCCUGUGAAAGUCAUUGAUGGAAACCGGAAUGUGACCAUGACAAAGCAGGCAACUAACCCCUCACAGGUGAAAAGUAAUGGGGGCACCCAAACAUCUAGAAAUGGCAACUCUGAUAGGCAUCUAUUUACAUCAUCGGCCAAUCUGUUGGCUAAACCAUUUCCUGCCAUUUCAAUGAUGAUUAGACGUCCACGGCCUGCUGGAAAUAUGACCCAUUUUCGGCACUUCUCCACAUGGGGACCUGACAUGUUGAAGUCAAACCAUGGAAGACAAGGAUUGGAAGGAGUUUUUCGAAAGGACAUAAUGCAGUGGAUGCUGCGGAAUUGAAAGUUAUUUCUUUUCUUGUGGAUAAUAACUAUAACUGAACUCUUAAGAAUGAACCAUGGAGAGAUGGCAUGUUAUAAGACUUUAAAGGAUGUUCUAAAAAUUGAUGGCUGAAAGUUUUGAUUUCCUUUCGCUGUUUGUUUUGGGCUCUAUAGAUCCUUUCUGGCUUUUCUUUUAUCUUCUCCCCUUCUGAGGUUGCUUCAGAAGACGGUAGUUUUUCGUUGUUGCAGGAUAAUAAACUGGGCAGGAUGUAUGUAUUGUGUUGAACAUUUUAAGGUGUCAUGGAGAGAGCAAUUAGUAUACAAGUGAGCGUCAUGGAGUUUGAUUUUAUAGGGCUUACAAAGUCCACAAGAUUAUGGCUAAUGGGUUGUCUCAUGAGUUUGCCAC